ACAACUGCGUUGCAAUAUACUUGUUUAGUGCACUGAGGACUGUCUUCCUUAUAUCUGCCAUAGUGAAAAAACGUAUUUUGUAUUUGAUUCGUACGAUUUUGUGUUUUAACUAAAAAAAUGAUAUUAUUUUACAUUUUUGCAUUGGUAUUAACUGUCCAUGGUGGCAAACUCAGGACAGUGCACGAGUGGAAGUAUAUCGAUUACGAAUUUGUUAACUCCCAACACAGACAGCAAGCUAUUUUGUCGGGUGAAUACAAUUACACCCAAUGUGCUAUAAUCGAUACUGACGAAGCGCGAGACGGCCGAAAAUUUUUAACUAUCGUUAAGCAAAAGGGCGUACCAGCCAGUUUGGUAACCGUCUCAAAACUAUAUGGUCCAGGGGGUCCUCUUGUGAGUCCUUACCCUGAUUGGUCAUGGGCCAGUAAAAAUGACUGUACAGGUAUAACUGGUGUCUACAGAGUAACUAUUGACGCAUGUCACAGACUAUGGGUUUUGGAUACCGGUGUUGUCGGUUCGGAUCAAGUGUGCCCAGCUCAAUUGUUGGUUUUCGAUCUGAUCAAUGAUCAGUUACUUAGAAAGAUUACAAUUCCAAUGAAGUUUGCAACCUCUUCUUCUUCCAAGCGUGGACUCCUGGUGACACCUGUAGUGGACUCAAGUAAAGACUGCCAAGUCCAUAAUGUUUAUAUAGCCGAUGUCGAAGGUUAUGGACUUAUAGUUUAUGACGGUACAGAUAUAUGGCGUCUGGAGUCAAAAGUCUUCAAACCUGAUCCAAAUGGAGUAAAGUUCACUAUCGCUGGUGAGAGUUUCGUACUGGAGGAUGGAAUCCUCGGAAUGGACCUCGCAGAUAAGUACAGUCCACACUCGAAAUUACUGUAUUUCAAACCUUUGGGAUCGUUCAAUCAAUUUGCUAUCAGUACCGAAGCUCUUUCACAGUCACGGGAUAAAUCUGUGACUUAUUAUAAAAGUAACUAUAAAAUGCCCAGCCAAUCAGCUGCUCAGGCUUUUUCCUCUCGCGGUAUUCUAUUCUUUGGACCCACUGCUAAUACGUCACUGGCGUGUUGGAAUUACAAGAAAGAAUUCAAUCAGGAUAACAUCGUCACUGUGGCACAAGAUGAGGAACGACUUCAGUUUUUGAGUGGUAUGAAAGUGAAAAGAUUCCCAAGACGUCCGGAGAAAGUCUUGAUGGCGUCCAAUCGUUAUCAGAAGAUAAUGGCUGGUACAAUGAACUUCAAUGAGGUCAAUUUUCGCAUAUUGGAGGGUCCGGUUCAGUCACUGAUAGCCGAUACCAAUUGUGUUCCAUCGUCGAAUACCGAAGGGAAGCCUCUUGAAGGAUUUUCAAAAACCAGUUGAAUUUUUAUAACUAUUAUGGAACUAACGCACAGUCACUAUUGAUACCUAUGUCUAAUAAUCAAAAUCGAGAUAAAAUAAAAUUUUUUGUUCGCAAGAAAAAAAAUCAAGUACAA